GAAAAACGUUAUCAUCCUGUUUUUCACGAUUGCAACUUUCAGCGCUCGAUCGUUCGCAAGUGUCGCGAGCGUUUUUACGUCGAAAUUUACAUCAGAACUUACAUUAUGAAAACUGAUUGGCAGAGAUAAGCGGUGUAUUAAAAUUACAAUAACAUCGUCGUUAAAAAGGAAUGAAAUGCGACUAUCACGCGCGCUUAAAAGUGGAUGAGUGUCAACGAUGAUUCGAAAGUGUACAUGUGACCUCUAUCAUUAAUACGGAACAAGUGUCUAAAUAAAUGUAAUAUAGAAUCUAACGAACAGACCAAGUAUCGCUUCGCCGGGUUGCGUAUGUAAUGGCCGUACAGACACAUCGACACGGCAGUGUCUGUGCUCGAACUGGUUUUACGAAUGAACCGUGAUAUAAUGUAGAAUUGCUAGGUGAAGCUCCAUCAGUUAUUCAUCGACCACGAGCGAGCAAGUAUCGACAGUCCUUCCUUCCAGAGAAAAACCCUUUAUCCAUCUCUUUCUCGUCGCUGGUCCGCGACUCAGACGAAGUUUUACAUACUGUGGACGACUUUGACGUUUAUUUCAUUGUUUUCCUUUUAAUAUCGGAAACUAUCGUUCAUGAAAAAAAGAAUAAGAGAAGGGCGAGAUUGAAGGAUCCCUCAGCCGAGAGAAACGACACGCUUAUCCAUCGAUAAUCAGUGUUCCAACUUGCGAGAUAGACGUAAUGCUGCUUAGAAAUGUCAUUCAGUUCUCGCGUCACGUCACCAGGAGCGUCCGCAGGAAUUACCAGGUUUCCGUUAAACUUCUCUGCAAGGAGAGCGGGCAGAAUGAAAACGCCAGCGUCGUCAAAGGAAACAUGGCGGAGAAAACGCCCCGCAUUCUCAUAACAGGCGGCCUCGGACAAUUGGGAACGGAAUGCGCGAAAAUGCUGCGACGGCAUUACGGUAACAAGAACGUCAUACUGUCGGACAUCAUCAAACCGACGGAGGAGAGCCUGGCGUAUGGGCCCUUCAUCUUCGCCGACAUCCUCGAUUUCAAAGGUCUGCAGAAAAUCGUCGUCGACUACAGGAUCGACUGGCUAAUCCACUUCAGCGCUCUGCUAAGCGCGGUCGGCGAACAGAACGUGCCGUUGGCUGUCAGAGUCAAUAUAGAAGGAAUGCACAACGUCAUCGAACUGGCGAAACAAUACAAGUUGAGGAUCUUUAUCCCGUCGACUAUCGGCGCGUUCGGUCCGGACUCGCCCAGGAAUCCUACGCCUAAUGUCACGGUGCAACGACCGCGCACCAUCUAUGGCGUUAGCAAGGUGCACGCGGAGCUUUUAGGGGAGUAUUAUCAUCAUCGGUUCGGCCUCGACUUCCGAUGCCUUCGAUUCCCCGGAGUAAUCAGUAGUGACCCACCCGGCGGUGGCACCACGGAUUACGCCGUGGCGGUGUUCCACGAAGGGCUGUUGAAUAAAAGAUACGAGUGCUACUUGGAGCCUAACACAAGACUACCGAUGAUGUACAUCGAGGACUGUCUGUCGGCGCUCCUGCAAUUUCUGAAUACGCCUAACGAGCUACUGCAGAGGCGGGUCUACAACGUCACAGCCAUGAGCUUCACGCCCGAGGAGCUGUUCAACGAAGUUUUCAAGUACAUCCCGGACUUGAAGAUCUCUUACAAGCCCGACGCACGACAACAUAUUGCCGAGAACUGGCCACAGGUCUUCGACGACAGCGAGGCGCGACGGGACUGGGGCUGGCGACACAAGUACGAUCUGGAGAGGCUGGUGGAGUCGAUGGUGCGGGACGUCAGCGUGAAUUACUUGCCGAAGAUGCAGUUAAAUCAGAUCAACCGCUAAUAUAAUUGUACAGAUUAUCAUUCCGCAUGCGAAGCACCCCCCCAUGUCUUUACAAAUUACACAGGCGCAAUAUUUAUUUCAAAUUGUUUCACGGUGUUUCAAACGAUGAACUCCUCAUAUGAAUCAAAUCUAAGAAAUAUAAAUAAAUUCUUGAUAUACAAACGUGCAAAA